UUAAGUUGACGGACCCAAUCAACACCUACUUCGGUUCUUCAUCUCUCUUCUUCUCGGAAGAAUUAAUUCUGGGUUUGAUUUUGAUCAAAAUUAGCGAAGAUGAGAUUUUGUUGGUUAAUCAUCGCUCCAUUUUUCCUGUAUUUCGUAACCCUGAAAAUUUCAGGUGAUUCAGUAAUCACAGCUCAAGGAGCUGGCACAAAUUCUCACAGGUCACGCGAACCAAAAUACAAAAUUGAGUUCCACUCAGAAGACUCGCCAUAUCUUCCUGGUGAUGACCAAGAGUCUAUCUUCAUGCCAAAUGAAGAUGGGAAGAAUUAUUUGUGCUUUCUACCCAAGAUUGAGAAACCUAAGAGUGGAAAGCCAGUCAGCCAAUAUAAUACUACUGGCAUGAUCAUGGAAAGUGAGAGAAGGAUCAAAGUAAAGACACCAGAUGAGCUACUUGAAGUACUGGAAGAUCAAUGCCUUCUCAGGCAAGAGGGUUGGUGGACAUAUGAAUUCUGUUUUAAGAAUAAACUACGGCAGCUUCAUUUGGAAGAUGAUAAGAUAGCUCAAGAGUUUGUGCUGGGAGUAUAUGAUCCUGAAGCUACAACUCUUAAUAAUCAGAAUCUCUCUGACAUUUCUAUAUUGAAAGAUCCACAUUCAAAAGAUGCUUCUCAGAGGUAUCAUGCUCAUCAGUACACCAAUGGAACAGUCUGUGACCUUACGAAUCAACAUCGAGAGACAGAGGUUAGAUUUGUGUGUUCAGAGGGCAAAGCCAUGAUUAGCUCCAUUACAGAGUUAUCCACCUGUAAAUACGCACUUACAGUUCAGUUUCCGAUGCUUUGUUCACACCCGAUGUUUCAAGAAGAGCGGCCUGUUUGGUAUGCCAUACAUUGCAACUUGCUUUCCAAGGAUGGCAAAGAUAUGAAAGCAGAAGAAGAUACUGAGCAUGACAACAGAAUCAAAUUGGUCUCGGAAGUUGAAUACCCGUUUGACAUUGGUGCUGACGAAUCUGCUGCGUAAAUGUUUUUGUUUAAGUUUUUUACACAGACAGGUACAGGUAGCUAGGGAGGAACUUCGAAAGAAGAAAUAGAAAUGUUUACUUAUAGUGCCAAAUGUAGAUUGCUGUAAUUUUGUAGAUUGAUGAUCCCUUCUACAUAUCAGUCAAGUUUCUACGUUCAUUUGCUUACUAGAAA